CUUUGUGACUCGGGCCCCUGAUGUAGCUGCCUUCCUGUGCCACUGACUCUCGGUUCCAUGGACACAACCUCCAUGGGCUCCCUUCAGUACUGCUGUUGGCAGCUGCCUGAGACAGGUGACACCUGGACCCAGCUGCCGUGGCCUGGGCCCGCUCACCCAGCCAUGCUGCUCAUCUCCCUCCUCCUAGCAGCCGGCCUGAUGCACUCGGAUGCCGGCACCAGCUGCCCAGUCCUGUGCACGUGUCGCAAUCAGGUGGUGGAUUGCAGCAGCCAGCGGCUCUUCUCCGUGCCCCCGGACCUGCCGAUGGACACCCGCAACCUCAGCCUGGCCCACAACCGCAUCGCGGCCGUGCCCCCCGGCUACCUCACGUGCUACAUGGAGCUCCGAGUGCUGGAUUUGCGCAACAACUCCUUGAUGGAGCUGCCCCCGGGCCUCUUCCUCCAUGCCAAGCGUUUGGCACACCUGGAUCUCAGCUACAACAACCUCAGCCAUGUGCCGGCUGACAUGUUCCAGGAGGCCCAUGCGCUCGUGCACAUCGACCUGAGCCACAACCCGUGGCUGCGGAGGGUGCACCCCCAAGCCUUCCAGGGCCUCCUGCAGCUCCGAGACCUGGACCUCAGCUAUGGGGGGCUGGCAUUCCUCAGCCUUGAGGCCCUGGAGGGCCUGCCCGGGCUGGUGACCCUGCAGAUAGGAGGCAACCCCUGGGUGUGUGGCUGCACCAUGGAGCCCCUGCUGAAGUGGCUGCGGAACCGGAUCCAGCGCUGCACAGCAGAUUCUCAGCUGGCUGAGUGCCGGGGUCCCCCAGAAGUGGAGGGUGCUCCCCUCUUCUCACUCACCGAGGAGAGCUUCAAAGCCUGCCACCUGACCCUGACCUUGGAUGAUUACCUCUUCAUCGCAUUUGUGGGCUUCGUGGUCUCCAUCGCGUCCGUGGCCACCAACUUCCUCCUGGGCAUCACAGCCAACUGUUGCCACCGUUGGAGCAAAGCCAGUGAAGAGGAGGAGAUCUGA